UAACCCUUUUGUCUUUCAGAAUAAAAUUAUUUAUCCUGGCGUUAAAAAUGGAACCUGCUCGUAGCUCCGAGCCCUUCUCUCCGACUGAAUUUCAUAGUGUUCUUAAAUAUUUAGUGGAGAAUAAAAUAAAACUUAACCCUAAUAUUAUAGUUCCUCAGUCAGCUGGGCCUGCCAGGGUUCAACCGAGAGAAGAAUUAAUGUUGGCAAAUAUAGCUGAAAGCUGUCCAUUUAGAGCUUGCAUGAGUUUUGUUGUUGGUGGUGCCCUGGGAGGUUUUAUUGGCUUGUUUAACAGUAGUAUGGCCCCCCAACAUACAACAGUGCAAAUGUCAACAAGAGAAACAUUAAUGGAUAUGAAAUCUACUAUUGUCAGUAAUGCAAAACAAUUUGCAACUAUAGGUUUUAUGUUUGCUGGAGUAGAGUGUUGCGUUGAAUCUUACCGGGCUAAAACAGAUUGGAGGAAUUCAGUUUAUGCUGGAGGUAUCACAGGAGGGCUUCUUGGCUUCAGAGCUGGAAUUAAAGCUGCUGGAUUUGGAGCUGCUGGUUUUGCUGCUUUCUCCGCAGCCAUAGAUUAUUUUAUGCACACAAGCUCAUUGUUCAAUCCUUCAAACUAGCUUUAGAAGUUCUUGAUCAGUUCUUGGGAAUUUUCGCAGAUUUUUUUGGAUUCAACCCGAGUUGCGGAUUUUUUCUAGCAAGAGAGAGAGAGGGAGAAAGACGAAAUGAACACUAGACCAUCUGUGAUAAUUUGAAAAUUUCA